UGUUGCAGCGUUGUAGACCGCAGGGCAGCAAUAAGCACUGAAAAGCAGUAAUAAGCAAAAGACGGAUAACUAAGCUAGCAAGUAACACGUUGAUACAAAGAUAAACUCAAACGAUUUCGUUAUCAACAUAUGUUACAAUUGGUAUCGUCCACUCUGACAUCGCAGAGCGUCAAACGGAUCAAAGUGUGCAGGUCUGUGAUCGACAUAUCAUCAUUUGUCCCGUUUGCAAGAAGAAAAUACAACAAAAUGGUCAAAUAUUUAAAUCAGUCGGAAGCUAUUAACAUUGACAAAGACCUGUUCGAGAAGUAUAAAUUUAGCGUAGAUCAGUUAAUGGAGCUAGCCGGGCAAAGCUGCGCGGUUGCGAUCGCAAAGUCUUAUCCAUUGUCGUCGUCGGAUGCGGAAGACUCCUCCUCCAGCGGGUCCAGUCGAGUAUUGAUAUGCUGUGGACCUGGCAACAACGGUGGCGACGGCAUGGUUUGCGCGAGGCACCUAAAGCUCUUUGGAUACUCACCGGAGAUCUAUUAUCCAAAGAGGACGAAUAAUGAGCUAUACCAAAGGCUGUUGCAUCAAUGUGUCGAGAACGGUGUUCUUAUACUGGAGAAUCAGCGCAUAGAGGAAGCAACUGCAGACUCGACAAUUUUGCACAAAUAUGCGAUUGUAGUCGAUGCUCUUCUGGGAUUCAAUUUCAGACCGCCAGUGAGAGAACCAUUCGUCCGUAUCAUCGACAUGUUGAAAAACACAAGCGUGCCUAUUUGCAGCGUGGAUAUACCUUCGGGCUGGGACGUCGAGAGAGGCCCACCCGAGGAUGGUGGCAUAAGGCCACAAAUGCUGAUAUCUCUAACGGCACCAAAAAUGUGCGCGUCAAAGUUCGAUGGAAAAUUCCACUACCUGGGUGGACGAUUUGUGCCUAAGAAGUUGGAAUCGCAGUAUAAUCUCAAUCUACCGAAAUACGCCGGCACAGACCUUGUCGUUCGGCUGCAUUGACAAAUUCUUACAAAUCCUAUUCUAUGCGUUCAUCAUCAGAAAAGUGUAUUUGAAUUUAUUACUUGACAAACCUUUUCCAACUAUUGUAUCAGUUACUCGAGAGAAACAUUUAGCUGAAAAACAUGAUUUUAAUUAUAUAUGAUAUGCAAUUUAUAU